GUUUCGCCUCUUCCUUCAAACGCGUCUCGUUUUGCCAGGGAAUGAAUGCACAUAGUCUAUAAACGAGGGACUUUUCAUAUUAAGACCUAGGGGCCGGCGCGGUAUACCGUCACUUCGCCGAAAGCAUGCUCAAGAUGCACAAAACAGCUCUUCUGAAAUGCGCUGGCGCUUUCCGUCGGCCUGCGUGACCGCAUCUCCCGGCUUUGCCCAGGUGGGUUCCAGACUGGCACAAACAUGCGGUGCGCGCACCGUUAAGAGCGCAAGCCAUAAAAGAAGACUGGGCACGAUUCAACAUGUGGGAAGCGAGGCGCCGUCGCAAGUCCAGAGGCGGGGAUUGGAACGGCUGCUCGCAGACUUGCAGUGUUUAAUGAAAUGCAUCAAAGACUCAGAGUGGGAAAGCAACGGUCGCUCCUUCCUCGCUGCGGUAACGGCCGGCGCCGUAUGCGGAACCGACAAAGCCAAAGAGAAUAUGCUACUGUUUAUGCUUCAAAGCCGGCGAGAGGCAGUAAUGCCGGAGCUCGCCGGCAGUAUUGAACGAAGUGGUGAGGUUGCGAAUAUGGGAGUACGAAGUCUGCGUGUGGCUGUGCAUGAUCCAUGUGCUCUGUGCUGGGGAAGGAGCAGUGCGAUGCCAGGAAAGUGCGGCUGGAGAACGUAAUGGCAGGUGGCUUAGCAGG